ACAGGACCAAAGAUCGUGUUGAGAAUCAGUGACAAUGGGCAAGGAAGAUACACCGUCCGAUGCCAGGUUAGCAUCCACUCAUAGUGAAAGUCUACAAUCUGGCGAGAAUGGUGUUGCAAACGGCUCCAGUGCUAGUAGCUGUAGUGGAAGAGAUGAGCUUAAGCCAGACAAUGGGAAGAAGCAGAGAAAGUCGCCAUUCAUCUUCAAAGAUGACAACCAGAAAACCGAAUUGGUUGAACUUGCCAUUUACAAGGAGCUUUGGAGGAAGCCGAAGCAUAUGAUGUAUCGUGAAUUGGCAAAGGAUUUCAACCAGUCUGAGAAAUUGGGCACUCACAACAAUAAACCACCUGCGACGCCAAAGUCCGUGAGUAGGGCCUUUAUUGACAUGGAGAGGAUUGCCAGAGAAGAGAUUAAGCGUGCUGGAGGUAGCUAUACCGUUACAGAGUCGAGGAUACUACCUGAAUCAAUAAUUUCGAUGAUUCACUUUUUGCGGAAGAAAGACAAGUAUUUGAAGUUGAAGAAAGAGAUCACGUCCCUUGACGGCGGAUAUUAUGGUGCCCUUGAUGGGGAAGACAUGAUGGACUCUGAAGAUGAAGAUAUUGGUGAUGUAUGGUUGCAAGGAAAAUCAAGUGAUCAGGAGGAUCAAGAAGAGUCUCAAAAUCAGGUAGAGACUGAGGGAGGACAACCUGAGGCUGAACCUGAGGCUGAACCUGAAGCUCAACCUGAAGCUCAACCUGAGGCUCAACGUGAAGCUCAACCUGAGGCUCAACGUGAAGCUCAACCUGAGGCUCAACGUGAAGCUCAACCUGAGGCUCAACGUGAAGCUCAACCGCAGUCUACACACAAUUAUCCACAGGCACCUCCAGGUAUGCACAUUGGUCCAUAUCCUUUUCCACCCGGUCCACCUGGUCCACCUCAGGGACCACCACAUGGAAUAGUACAAGGACUACCACAUGGAAUAGUACAAGGAUUACCACAUGGAGUGGUUCAAGGACCACCUCCUGGAGUGCUACAUGGAGUACAUCAGGGACCACCUCAGGGACAUCAAGGUUAUACACCUAGACCUCCACACCUGCAAGCACAGAAACCUUUAGGCGAGCACGAGCCAAAAGGACCAAUGUUCAAUACCAUUCAUUUACCCCCUUCACAACAUCAGAUUCCUCCUCACUUAUAUCCUCAGAUACAACAUCAAGGCGUCUACCCACCACAGCAAACUUAUUCUACAAAUAACACUGAUGGUCCUGCAGUGGUGUACAACCCUCCGAUUAUUACAGGCCCUCCACAUUCUACGUCAGAGCAUGAAACUGUAACUGAAGGUGAUAGAGACGUCCUUAUCAGAAGAAUUGCCGGGGCAGUCACAGAUUUUGAAGCAAAUUUGACUCAACGUCUAAUUGAGGAAACUACUAGUUCUAAAAAGAUGGUCGACAACUGGCACAACUCCAUGAAACAGGUCCAAGAUGAAGUAGACUUGCUUCACAAGCUGGUCAUGGGAGUAAGUUCAAAGCUGGAUAGCAUCUUGGAGCUGUUACAAGCGAAGAAGUAAACAAUUAAAGGUGAUAUUAUAAUGUACAGUGAGCUAUAG